AUGCCAUUCGAUUCGAAGGUGACGGACACUCUGCACUCACUGAGGUCGAUAGUAAACCGCCUGCACGAUGUGGAAUUUUUGAGAUCUUUAGCAGACAACAGUGACGAAGUUUUGUCUUUAGGAGGUGGGUCCGUCGUCUCCGCUGACUACACUAAUGUGUCGGAAACCUGUCGAGACCACUGGAAUCGAACAAUCACGGCGCUGAACUUGAAUGAAUACUGGGCUUUGAAAAUGCUCUUUAACAUAGGAAGGUCUCUACCGACAGCCAAAGUAGCCAAUGCUUCGAGUGUGUACUGCCAAGAAAAAGCAGAGUUUGACACCAGAGCCAUUGCUGCCAUGUCCUUAUCAAAUUUAGCCGUCUGGUUGUUACUCUUAGCGUCCACUUUUAGAGCCAUCCUCGGAAUAUUUGCUGCCUUGAUAUCAGUAAGCACGGCGUAUGACGUAAUCAAUCAACUGCUGUCUCACAAAGCUUUGAAUUCACCGAAGAUCGAACCCGAUCAAUCAAGAGAUGAAUCGCCAUGUGAGAAAACCCCUCUGCUGAUAGAGGAAAAGGCAAAUAUUACCAAAAAGGAAAAAUGUAACUCAAAUUCUGAAAACGAAACCUUCCAACACUGGCUUUUCCAAGUCGUCACCAGCAGCUCACACGCUGUAGAUUCCUUCUUUGUUUUGAGUGGACUGCUUUUAUCAUACCUUAAACUGAAGGAAAUGAAGAAAGGAAAGGGGAUCAAUUGGUUCAUGUUUUAUUUCCAAAGAUUUUGGAGGUUAACCCCAGUAUAUAUGAUGGUAAUGAUGAUCAGUGCCUGUCUGGGGCGUUACCUUGGAGAUGGACCACGAUGGCCAAAGGCAGGGUUCGAGAAAGACUUUUGUAGAAACAAUUGGUGGAGAAACCUUCUUUACAUUAAUAAUCUCUUUCAUAAUGAUGAUCAGUGCUUAAAAGCUUCGUGGUACCUCGCAAAUGAUAUGCAGUUUUACGCAAUAAGUCCUUUGAUGUUGGUACCUCUACAUCAUUAUUACCCACUAGGAGUAGGCAUUUGUGUUGUGUCUCUGUUGGGAUCGGCUGUUGCACCUGGAGUUAUUUCAUACGUCUUGGAUCUGCCACCAACACCCGUAGGCGGGGGAGGAUCACAACAGGGCAUGGCAGAUUACCUUACGUAUUAUUACAUCAAACCCUACUGCAGGAUGGGACCAUACAUAGUGGGCAUCCUUGUAGGAUCACUUUUAUACAAAACAGACUGCAAAGUAAAACUCAACAAGUUCCUGAAUGUGCUGUUGUGGUUGGUUUUCACUGCUCUGGCGCUUUUGGUUGUGUACGGCCUCCGUAACCCCAUCGCCUACCCGGAUGACAAACUCAGUCGUGAGGUCUCGGCUCUCUACAAUGCCACCCAUUCUAUCAUAUGGGGAGGAUGUGUAGCCUGGGUUAUAUUUACUUGCGUUACUGGAAAUGGGGGGUUCGUCAAUACAGUGCUGUCGUGGUCACCAUUCAUCUCUCUCUCGCGGCUGACCUACUGCAUUUAUUUAACCCAUCCAAUCCUGAUAUCAGUCCAUACCUACAGCCGGCGCACGCAAAUUUACCUAAACAACACAAACCUGAUAUACCUCUUCCUGGGUCAUCUUGCUCUGUCCAUCUUGGUAGCGUUUGUUACCUCGAUUGCAUUCGAGGUUCCAAUGAUGGAAUUGAUGAACAUACUUCGUAGAAGAAAGCAGACGAAAUAACCACCACUGUAUAGACCGUUAAACAACAAACUACUGUAUUAAAUGAAGGAUUUGAUCAUGUUUGGUUUCAACCAGUUAUGGAUGUCAAAACUGUCAAUAAUUCAUAUUCGAAUAUUCGAUAACAGUAUUCGA